AUGUCAAGUGUCAAUUCAGCAAGUUCAAGUAAAAAGUCAUCUUUCACUCAUAUUAAUCAUGAUACAAGUUCACUUACUGUUCAAAAUCCUUCACCAGUAAGUACAAUUGAUGAAGAAGAUGAGGUUGAAGAUGCACCUGCUGAUCUUGAAAAUCAACCAUUAUUACAACAUGGAAUUCAUCAUUAUCUUGAUCCUGAUGAUCCCCAAGUAUCUCCAUUAAAUUUAUCUAAUAUUAAAAGGGUAAGAUUAGUUAUUUCAAUACUUGUAUGGAUAAAUGCAAUUGCUGCAAUUUUAUUUAUAAUUAGUGAUUUUAUUUCUAUUCCUGGAGUCACAAAUUAUGGUAAAUCAUUUUUUGAAUUGGAUUUGAUUCUUUGGUGUUUAUUAUCCAAUUGGUUAUGUCUUUCUUGGUUUGCAGUUCCUGUCUAUACUGAACGUAUUCUAGGUUAUAUAACUUGUGGUUUAUUGGGUGUUGACUUUUUGGUGGUUGUGAUAAUAACAAGCUUGAGAAAACUGUAUGGAUGGAUAGGAUUAGGAGUUUUGGUGUGGACUUCGUUAACAGCAUUAUUGGAUUCCAUUGUAAAUUAUUGGGUCGAGCAAGGUAAGGAAUAUCAAGAAGUACGUUAUACUGGAAGAAUAGAAAAGAGAAAGACAUUUACAGAAAUGUUAAUUAUAUUUAUAAAGGGUAUUUUUCGAAUUAUAUUGGUAGUACUAAUUUGGAAUAUAAGUUUGACAUUAUGGUUACAAGCUUUCGAUAGUCAUGAGAAGCCAUGGGGCAAGCUUAUCAAAGUUAAUGAUGAGCAAGUUGAGAUUCAUUUGGCAUGUUAUGGAGAUGUACAUAAUACAAAAGAACAACCUAUUAUAUUGGUUGAGGGAGGUCAAUUAACUUCAAGUGAAGUUUUCCAAGAUUGGAUUGAAGAACUAUAUCAUUUAAAUAAAAUUGAUAGAUAUUGUGUAUGGGAUAGACCAGGAUAUGCAUUUUCACUGAGUUCACCAUCACCUGUUUCUAUAGGAAUAAUUAGUGAAUAUUUAUCAGAGGCAUUAGAUAAAGAAGGAAUAGAGGGUCCAUUCACAUUAGUUGGAUUCGAUAUUGGAGGAUUAUACAGUCGAAUUUUUGCUAGUAGACAUUUAGAAAAAAUCCAUUCAAUUUUAUUAGUUGAUAGUUGGCAUGAAGAUUUACUUAAGAAGUUUCCAUUUAGUGGGAUAAAUCGUAAGAAUGAAUCUCCUCAAGUAUUUAACGGAAAUUUAGAAUUAAUGGAUAAUUUUACUGGAUUUAAAUUAUGGAUUAAAGGAAUUAUAUCACCGUUAGGCAUAAUAUCUAAUCUUCAUUGGCUUUUGCAUCCAGUAAAACAUUCAAGUAAAGCUCGAGUUUUCGGAUCUGAUAUGAUAUAUCAAUCAAAAUAUAUACGAGCUAGAUUACAAGAGCAAUUAACAUCAGGAAUAUUAUCAUAUAAUGAGCUUAAAAGUAGUGAAGGACAAUUAAAGAAUGUUCCUAUGAGUAUUGUAUCAUCAGAUUAUAUGAUUAAAACUUCAUUAAAUUGGGGGAAAUGGCAAAGAGAAAUAUCUACAAUUAGUACCAAGACUCUUGAAUGGGUUAUUGCGGAAAAUAGUGGACAUCUAGUAUGGGAAAGUAGUCGUGGAAGAGAUCAAUUACAACAAGUUUUACUUCGAUUACUUAACUAG